UUACGCUAAUCGAAUUCUCAACAAAAAAAAAAAGAUUACGCUAAUCGAUAAAAUAAAACCCAAUCACUGAAACCCGCGAACCGAAAUCCCUUCCCACUGCCUAAUGGGAAGUUCAAACACCUCCUUGACCGAUGACGAUUCCGUCACCGAAUUUGACAAUACCGCCACCAAGACCGACUCCGAUUCCCACUCCGACUCCGCAACCGAAACCGAUGAGGAAUUCCGUAACCGAUACCAUACCUGUCUUUUCAGAGAAGACGAGAAAGUCCUCGCCUACCAUUGCCGCUUCAUAUACUUGGCUAAAGUUUUAAAAUGCGAGAAAAGGAGCAACGGCUGGCAUUAUUUCGUUCAUUAUCUCGGGUGGAAAAAGAACUGGGAUGAAUGGGUAGGUGUGGAUAGAUUAAUGAAAUUUACAGAAGAGAAUCUGCACAAACAGGUAGCACUUAACAAGAAACUUAAGGAAGAACAGAAGGGUGAAUUUCAAACUUCAAAGAGAGGAACAGCGCGUGUGUCCCUGAGGAACCCCAAAGGUAGUAGGGGCAAAAGGCAAAAGAACGAUGCUAUUUGCAAGGAUAAGCAGGCUGUACCUUCAGAUAGUUCAGAAAAGCUUGUGAACAUCCAAAUUCCACUCACUCUGAAGAAGCAACUAGUUAACGAUUGUGAAUUUAUUACUCAUUUGGGAAAGCUUAUUGUACUUCCAUGUACUCCUAGUGUGGAAGACAUAUUGAAGAUGUAUCUUGAUUAUCGAUAUACGAAGGAUAACAUGGUAUCCGAUUCAGUUGGAGAAAUUUUUAAAGGGAUACGUUCUUACUUCAACAAAGCAUUACCUGUGAUACUUUUGUACAAAAGUGAGCGUAAGCAAUAUCGAAAUACUAUUACAGAGGAUAUCUGUCCAUCCAUAGUAUAUGGGGCCGAACAUCUAUUGCGUCUCUUUGUGAAGUUGCCCGAGUUAUUGAUACAUGCAGACAUUGAACAGGAGACAUUAUUGGAGUUGCAGCAAAAAUUAGUCGACUUUCUCAAGUUCUUGCAGAUGAAUCAGAAUACCUUAUUUCUCUCGAGAUACCGUGGUGCAGAAGAUGUUGAAACAAGCACUGAUAAACAUGAUAACUGAUGCAGAAACUUCUUCCAAACCAUUUGUACAUACACCAAUGAGUGGUUGGAAGUUUCUUCUACCUUCCAUCAAUGCUCCUUGGGCUUCAGAAAAAAGGUUUACUGAAACAUGAGAGGGGUUUGUCUGUCACUGGAUUUACCUUCCUAAGAACAGUUUGUAUGUAUAUAUUUGUAGGAUACUCUCCAUUCGGAGCUUUGUGCUUGUCCUUGUUGGUUGACUUUUACCUGUUGCUUGGCUAGUAUUUCCCUUUUGGAUUCCA